AUGUCAACAUCCUCCGUAACAGAUUCUUCCCGGGACUCGUAUCCCGACAGCCCCGUCUCACUCUCCGGCCACAACCUCACCAUCAACAACCCCGUCUUCUCAUUCCCCGUCCCCCAAUGUCGCCGAACUCGAAGAGACAUCCCCAAAAUCCACCGCUACUAUUCCACCCCCUUGAGAGCGGACUCGCCCGACUCCACCCCGCUGCAGAUGUACGGCCUCGAGCAGCGCGAGCCCUCCAUCUACGAGAAACCGCGCCUCCUCCGCCGCUUCUCGCACGCCCUCGACGACAUCAAGGAGGACGUCUCCCUGCAGCUAGACCCAAACAACGUGGCCAGUAAAAUCCGGAGCAGACGCCAGUCGAUGCUGAUGUUUGACGCUGCCGCCGCGUCCCAUCACGGCGUCCGGCCCGCCGCGCUCGAGACCCCUCUCCAUCCUCUCCUUCGAUCACUGGACCCCGCCCACAAGCCGGCUGAGUCGGAGACUGUCGAAUUUCCGGUUCGGGUCGAGGAGGAAGAGGGCUUCGCCGGCGCAGCUCGCGAGCAUCUCUCAGCCGAACUUGAUCGGGUCGUCGACGGAUAUCUGAGCAACUCGGCUUUCAAGCCAUAUCCCAUCGGUCUCAUCCAUAUACUGCCCGGUGCGACCGUAUCCUCCAUCGCGAUGGAUCUUCUCAGCCUCUCUUCUCGCAACAUCUAA